CCGGCCGCGAGCCCGGAUGGUUUGCGAGCGGAGUUGAGGGGGCAAACUUUGAAGCCCAGAUGCCUCUGGGGCUGAGCGGCAGAGCGCGGCUGCUCCUACAGGCACCUGCCGCCGCCCUCCCCCCGGCGCUGCCGCCCUCCGCGGGGGCGGCCGGCCCCGCUGCCGGCGGCCGCCGAGGCGGCGGGCGCUGCGGCCGCGGCUGAGGGCGGGCGGCGGGCGCGCCCCCAUGCGGGUCCCGGGCCGGGGCGCGCCGGCGGCAGGAGGGAGCCGGGCGGCGGCCGGGCGGUGCUGCUCUCCCGCCGCCUGAGUGGGCGCGGCGCGGGACGGCGGCGCGGGGUGCCGAGAGCCAUGGGCUAUUGCAGCGGCCGGUGCACGCUGGUGGCGGUGUGCGGCGCGCAGCUGGUUUCUGUGCUCGAGAGGCAAAUAUUUGACUUCCUUGGUUAUCAGUGGGCACCCAUCUUGGCAAAUUUCAUUCACAUUAUUGUAGUCAUACUUGGCUUAUUUGGAACCAUCCAGUAUAGACCUCGUUACAUAACAGGAUAUGCUGUCUGGCUGAUCCUUUGGGUUACGUGGAAUGUGUUUGUUAUCUGCUUCUAUUUGGAGGCUGGAGACCUUUCAAAGGAAACAGAUCUCAUUUUGACAUUUAAUAUCUCAAUGCAUCGUUCAUGGUGGAUGGAGAAUGGACCAGGCUGCACCGUGACUUCAGUAACACCAGCACCAGACUGGGCUCCAGAGGAUCAUCGUUAUAUCACUGUCUCGGGGUGUUUUCUUGAGUAUCAGUACAUAGAAGUGGCUCACAGUUCUCUUCAGAUCUUCCUUGCACUGGCAGGUUUCAUCUAUGCCUGUUAUGUUGUGAAAUGUAUUACUGAAGAAGAGGACAGCUUUGAUUUUAUAGGCGGAUUUGACUCUUACGGCUAUCAAGGCCCACAGAAGACAUCUCAUUUACAGCUACAGCCCAUGUAUAUGUCAAAGUGAAAACGGGGACUGCUCAAGGUGGGCUGGAGGACCUGUCAAAGAAAAUGUUUUGGGAUUGCCCUCUGGUUCUUCAAAGAGCAAAAAAAAAGUCCAGUUUUUGUGUUUAAAAACAAACAAAAAAAAAAUAAAAGGCUGAUUGAACAGUGAGACAAAAUACAACAGACACAUUCAGCCUCUCUUUCUAACAGGUACUAAGGGAGAUGCCCCAGACCUCCUUCCUGCUUCCCAGCACCACAGGGCCAGAGCAGAGGCGCUGGUGCUUCCCUCUGGCUCCUCUGGACUGCAGCCACCGCCAGUGGGGCCAAUCUGGAUUAAGACAUGAACCAAGCCAAUUCAGUGCUUUUGGAGCCCCCUCCGCACUCCUGGCCUCAUUCAGUCUCUGUAGUCAACACAAGGCUAAGAAUACUGGGAUGACCUUGCAACAGAAGUCAACAGGCAGCACGUUGUUUGCCCCAAAGGCUGUACAGUUCAUACUUGCCUUAACCUAACUGCAUUGCACAUCAGAGAAACUCCGUGCAAGCUUUCUGAAGUAACGUCCUUUAGGCUCAACACGCUGCCAUUAAUUCUGAACAAUUUCUAAGUCAGUAGUUUUGUUUUGUUUUGUUUUCAUGUCAGGGAAUAAGGCUCUGUUGCUCUGCGGCUCCAGAGUGACCAAGUAGAAAACUGCCAGCUGUCAGAAAGUGCUUUACUUUUGAGGCUCCACAGUGGUCAAGAAACAAAACAUUUAUAAUGGUUAAAAAAAAGAAAAGAAAAAAAAAAAAAAAAGAAAGAAGAUCGGGGGGGUUGGGGGGGGGAAAGGGGUAACAUAAACUAAUGAUUGAACCUACUGGAAAUAAGCAGCAUAAACAGUGCUUCUUACUCCCACUGUUUUUGUUUAUUGCACUUUAGGUGCUUUUAUAGCUAUCUCUAAAUGUCUUUUACUAACUACAGAGACAUCUGCAGAUUUCUAUCAACAAAGGCCAACUGAAUAUGUACUAGCUAUGUUUACUCUUUUAUAUCUAAUUUCAACUGAGAAUUCUCUGUAAGUGAGCUUUUUUUUCUAAUCGCACCAUAAGGGAUCUAUAUAUUUUAUUUUUUGGUUUUGGUUGGGGAGGGUGGGAAGGGACUAGCUGAGUUGAAGAAAUAUUGGAGACCUUUUUGUGGUAUAUUUGGGGGAUCUGUUGUGUGUUAGAAUGUGUAUUUUAUCUUCCUGUAUUGUGGCUGAAAAAAAACUGUGCUGUUACGUAGUUGGCAACAAGAUGCCUUUGGGAAUUUUGCUAGUAGGUCAAUGUGUAUAUGAAAUACUCUGAACUCCUAGGAACAUAUGUUUUGUUCUAAAUCUGAUCUGUAUUUUCAAGCACUUAGGUGGCUUUCAUUAGGAGAAACCAAUGUUUUACUCAGGCUUUUCAGGAUCUUGGAUUGUCAUUGUUUCUUUGCUCAGACCCCACACAGGCAAAUACACACAUCUACCACACCUGUAGUGGCCACGAAGGUUUUGAUGGUGAGGGGGAAGGCCAGUGCAUGGAAGUGCUUGAGCUGCCCUCAAACGACUGACUGUUCCUCAUUCACCAAACCCUGGUGCCCACAUGGCUUCUGAGCUGCCACAGCCCAUGCACAAACUCCACGCAUCCAUCCCUAUACAAACCAAUGCCCUUUGCGUGUCUGCAUGGAUGUGAAGUGUCACAAACCACCACUCUGGACAAUGACAGAGGAACAGGCAUUCACCAGUGAAGAUAAGAUACGAGACACGUUGAGGAACUAUAUGUACAUCUAUUCAGUGAGAUAUAUAUAUAUAUAUUUAUGUAAGUGUGUGUGUGUGUGUAUGUGUAUGAAUAUAUAAUACACAUGGAUAACUAUUGAGAGGGGGCUGCAUAAUCCUGGCAGUAUCUGGUGCAUGGGGCCACGGGCUUCAGGUCCUGUUCAUUAUUUCCUGUGUGAAAUAGGCAAGUCGCUUAAGCCUGAUCCAGUAAAGCAUUUGAUGCUGUUUUGGAUCUCAAGUUCAAUUCAUCAAACUUAGGCACCUGAAAUUCUGAGCUCAUUCUGGGUGGAGCUGCUUUCCAGUCCCUGGGAAAUCAUGCAGUUUCCAAGCACCAGGCUGAAAUUCCCCAUAAGCUGAAAAUUUUUGGAAGUUUUAUGUAAUAUUUAAUGUAGCAGAUGUAUGAUAUUAAACACAAUGUAGAGGUUUAAAUGAAAUGAAAGUGUCAUAACGGGGUAUUUUAGCUUUCCCUGUGUAGCAGUUAAUCAAAAUCAUGUUUCUAUAAAAAUCAUUUUCUCAAUAUGGAAAGAAACCAGUUUAGGCACUUAACUGAUGAUCCAAUUUUGAGCAGAUAAUUUUUCAUACCUUUCAGUGAUUUCCCACAGAAUGGCACCUACAGGUAGUUAGCAAUUUUAGAAGUCAGAAAAUUUAAUGAAGCAUUUACAAAUAGUUUUUAGGCCUAAUUUUAAUUAAAAAAAAA